GAGAUAAUAUCCGGUGCUUUUGUCACACCAACCACAAACCUGACAAUUGAAGGGAUCUCUGUCAACUUAACCUGUGAUGCUGCUGGCUCUGUCUUUACCAGAAACUGGAUGAAGGAUGGCUCAGAUCUGACUCUGGCUGAAAACAUGAACCUUUAUGACAAGAGCAAAGUGCUGUCUUUCAACAGCCUGAAAACGACAGACGGUGGGGAAUAUUCCUGUAAAAUCAGCAACCCCAUCAGCAACGAUGAAGCUAAAUACAGCAUGGUUGUGAUCUAUGGACCAGGAAAUGUUCAAAUCAAAGGUCGAAGUGAGAUACAUUUGGGAGAGUCCUUCACAUUAACCUGCUCUGCUGAUUCCACACCACCUGCUACCUACAUCUGGAAACUGAAUGGGACAGAGAUACACAACUCUGCUAAGUUCACUACAGACAACGCUAAACUCUCUGACAGCGGCAACUACACCUGUCAAGCGAUGAAUAGUAUAACUGAGAGAACAUCGAUUGCAGUCCAUGGAUUGUCUGUAACAGACGGCUGGUCUGGAGGUCUGUCAGCUGGUGCCAUUGCUGGAAUAGUUGUCUCGUGUUUAGUAGUUGCUUCAGCAGGAGCUGUUGGAGGGCAUUAUUUUUACAAAAAAACAAUCAACAACAAAGCUCCGCCACAUUCUGAUAAGAAUGAGUACGUUGAGGAAGGGUCAGACAUCACCCUGUCCUGCUCAGCUGACUACAGGCUUGCUGCCCAGUUUCACUGGUUUCUGAAUGGAGACCUGCUGUCUGACACUGGACCAGAGCUAAGACUGAUGAACAUUCAGAUGAGUCAGAGUGGGAACUACAGCUGUCAGGCCUUUAAUGACAAAACUCUGAGAUAUGAACAUCUCAGCCUGUAG